CUGUCCCGAAUGAUUUGGCGAGGGUGAUUCGAAAACACGCCGACUACCUACUCGAGAAAGGUUUCGUUCGCUGCAGCACGCCACCAUUUGCAGCUCCGAUACUGUUCACUCCGAAGAAACAUGGCGGUCUACGAAUGUGUAUUGACUACCGCGCCUUAAACCGGGUUACCAUCAAGUCCCGCUAUCCUAUCCCGCGUGCCGACGGACUCAUCGACCAACUUCGCGGAGCAAAGUUCUUUUCGAAAAUUGACCUGCGAUGCGGUUACCACCAAAUCAGCAUGAACGAAGCUGACUGCUACAAGACGGCGUUUCAGACCCGGUACGGGAGCCACGUCAUUUCCAUCGACGGAGUUAAAAUCGACCCCAAGAAGAUUGCGACCAUCCAAGACUGGAAGCCGCUGGCUAAUCUCCGCGAACUUAAGAGUUUCCUGGGGUUUGUGAAUUACGUUCAUCGUUUCAUUCCGAACAUGGCGGGGGUAACUUCCCCUCUCACGGAUCUUCUAAAGAAAGACACGUUUUACUGUAUGAGUGGGGGGGAGAGCAGCAGGCUGCGUUCGAACAGCUUAAACUUUUCCUGGCUACACCUCCGGUUCUUCGGAUUGCAGAUCCUCACCGCCCGUUCGAGCUCAUUACCGACGCUAACGAUCUGGCUGUUGGUGCAGUACUGUUACAAGACUUCGGCGAAUACAAAAAUCUGGCAGCAGUACGGCACACGUCUACAUCUGUCCACAGCGUACCAUCCGCAAUCGGACGGUCAGACUGAGCGCACCAAUCAGACGAUGGAGCAGCUAAUUCGCACGACAUGCACAGACCCGGCCCAAUGGGAAGACUCCCUUCCCUUGAUCGAGUUUGCGUACAACAAUGCCCUAUCGGCCACGACUACUCAGUCCCCAUUCUUCCUCAAUUACAUGAUAGAUCCGACAACACCGCUAUCUCAAUCGUGAAUUUUGUGUUCGAUUGUAUCAC